AUGCUAAUCAACGCGCACAAUGCUCUAGAGAUCACAACAGUUUUUGACGGUGCACACUUGAGCCCCUUCAUCCGCGCCCGUGUCCCUGAACUCGAGCAACAAUAUGGGCUUUCCUCCCGCGUGAUGCUGGCAUUUGUCGACGGGCUUAACGAAGCAUUCAUGGCCAACCCCACUUUCCAAGUCACGAAUCAUAUCGGAGAUAUCUUGGGAUUUGUUCCACUGCAGACCACACAAAUUGUCGGUGCCAGCAUUAACCUUGCUGCUGGCCUGGGAGCUGCGGGUGUGUCCAUUGUUCGGACAAAGCAAUACAUGAAGAAGGCGAACGAGAGGAUUUUCAAACCCAAGGGUUUGCAUGCGCAGAUAUGUAAGACGGGGAAGAUGCUUGGCCAGGUUGGAAUGGCGAAUGAUACUGUCAUUUUUGCAAAGACCCAGUAUCAGGCGCCGGUGAGCAGUGCGCGGGCCAAUGAGCCUAGUGGGAAUGCUAUUACGAGGAGGAUGGAACCUCUUGGUGAUCGAGUCAUGGCGCUGUCGUUCGACAAUAUCAGCGCACCUGUGUCCCCAGAUAACUGGAUGAAAAAGGUCGGUGUAUACGCCGUUCAGCGCGCUGAGAAGAAACAGCUUGAGAAACUCGAGAAGCACCAAGCUGAGGCUGAGAAAAAGUCUGUCAAGGCUGAGAGAGAGAUCGCCAAGGCUGAGCUAAAGAGGAGUGGGGCUGAUGAUGAGAUGGAAGAGAUCACCGAGGAUAUGAAUGACGUUGAGUCCCAGAUGCAAUGCCUGGACCCUAACCAUCCGCGCUACGGGAGGCGGCUGAGAGAGCUUCGGCGGGAGUACCGGGAAUUGGACCGGAAGCUCAAAGAAGUGGACUUACACAGCAAGUCUCGUAAAGCUGACAAAGUCGACAAGAUGACUCGCAAGCGCGGUGAAAAGACCAAGGAGCGAGAGAUUAAGGAGGUUAAGAAGGUCAAAAAAAUGUACUGGAUUUUGAUCACCACCCAGGAAGAGAGCCCAGUGGGAGAAGAUGAUUGGGCCUCGGACGACUCGUCUGACUCAGCUGAGAAGUCAGUCAAAGUAUGA